UUCCUAAUCAUUAUAAUGGUGUGUAAUACCCUAGCGCAUUUACCGGAAACGCAAUCGCCUAACGUCGGCACCGUCCUCUUCACGCCUUCAGAUCUGAAAAAGAAAGACUGGAGUAAAUCAAAUAUUGCAUUAUUGCAAGCUCGCAAGUACUUACAAAACGUGUUGCCUUCUUCGCAAUUCAUAAGCACUAUAAAUGAAGACUACUUGAUCAACUUACUAACGUAUUUCGAAAACUCAUAUUUGGCAGUGAAACGUGAAAUCAAAAAUCCAUCUUUACGUAACAUGAUGGACGUCGCUCUAUCUGAUGUUCUAGGCGGUUAUCUCAAAAUGUGGGUUUUACCUAUUACUAAAUACGCCUAUUACGGAGGAACUGUGUCCUUAGACAACUCAUUAAAAAUCUUCGAGGCCUAUGAGGAUAUUAAGAGAAGUUUAAAGACAGAUGGACGUGGAUGGCAUAGCCCAAAUGAAAAUUUGCUUAAUACCGUUGCAAUAAAUAUAGCUCCACUACCCAAAUUUAAAAAAAGCAUGGCCAACCCUUGCAACCAAUUAGCGUAUUAUGAAAAAACUGAUUCAGGUAUGAAAAUUCCACUGCCGUUUAUAAAUUGGAAUAUAUCUCCGCCAACUAUGUUUGUACCACUAGCAAACCAGUCUAUUGUCCCUCUAUCCUCUCCCAACUCUUCAUCAACAUUGCUGAAUUAUUAUUCCGUCGCUGAUAAUUGUAUGAAAAUGUAUCAAAGUCCUGCAUCAGAUGAUUUUAAUGAUAGAUUCCAGACUUGGCUUAAGAGCGAUGUUGCUCCACAUUUGAAUGACGAUAAGUUAUACGCAGCUUUCGAAGGCAUUCUUAGUUUAAUGAAUGCGACAAAAAGAUUUUACGACGAACGAUUGAAGGCUAAUGUAGAGUUAUUGCGAGACCCAAUGAAGGUAACUUCGAAAAAGUUUCUUGUCAUAGCUUUAAUAUUGAUCAUAGAGCUUAUCUGGUGUAUUCCAACAAUAAUCUACAUAGUGCGGUCAGGAAAGAAGAAAAGACAACAAAAAAAGAAACCCAAAUCUCCAAGAGGCAAGAAAAAUUUUGAAAUAUGUAAAGUCAUACAAAAUAAGUCCAAUCCAAAACGUGAAACCACUAAAACUGAAACGCUACCUGAAAUUCAGAUGCGGACUUCUAACGAGACACAUACAAUUCAAGUUAACAGCAAGGAAGAUUCUGCACUAAAUUUAGAUCAGCCCAUGUUAAGAAUACUGAUAGAAAGACCAGAAACUUCAAUAAAAUUAGGAAUUACUAACUAUAAAGAAGGUAUAUCAGGAGCGAAUAUGAAAGCUAGUAAAAUACCCAGAGCUGUAAAAGCAGACAAAGAAACUAAAAAUACUGUAAGUAAAAGUAAUGAUUCAGACAUUGUAGAUUCACAAUGUAAUUGUGAAAUUAUACGUACAAAAGGACUUGUUAUAACAGGAAAGGCAUUAGACGAUAGUGCUAUUAAACACUCCUCGAUCGAGAAUAAGAAAUUAAACUUAACUUUUUGA